AUGCAGCCCAAAACCUCGGAUGCCUAUGCCCAGUACUCUAAAGUCGCUCUAGCAUAUCAGAACGCAGCUCUUGCAGCUUACAUCCCGGAGGUCAGCAAGCCCAACCAAGACAACAGUAUCGCACUGUUUUGUGGUUCACUCCUACUUACAGUUUGGGCGUUCGCAUCCAAGAGGCUCCCCGAAGGCCUAGCCCGUGUUAAGCUGGACUUCGGACCAGACGAAACGUCUCCAGGGAUUGCGCUUCCCGCACACUCGCCCACUGCUGACUUCAUCGAGAUUAUCAUGAUCGUUAGGGGAGUUUAUGCUGUGUUCAGCGAGACAGGUACCUGGUUGCAAGGCGAUAUUGAAGAAUUGCUGCGCUUCCCUCGAGAUGGAGACCUGCCUCCGCAUCCCCCUGAUGUCGUGGACGCUUUUGACAUCCUUGGCAAAGCCUUUGAAGAGCCCCAGCUGAGACCGUCCUUGGAGGCCAAAGGUUCAAAGGAGGCGAUGUUCCUUUGCGUCGAGCAACUAGGACAGCUACGUGACAUAUCUCGUUGCCGUUCUGUUGUCGAGUGGGAUGGCCACAUAUUCUCUUGGUUUAUCAUGGCUCCCCCGCCAUUUAUUCAUUGCUUGAAACAAGGCCAUCCUAUGGCUCUGAUCCUGUUUGCACACUGGGCCGCGAUGUUCCGUUGUAUGGACCAUCACUGGUGGGCGACUGGCUGGGCAUACAGCUUGGUUGCUGAUGUAUCGAGUCGUUUGGAUCCCAUCUGGAGCCGGUAUCUAGAGUGGCCCAAGAGACAAGUUGGUUUGGCAUUCCAAGAAAGCGCCUCUUUUGACAGCAGCCGAUGA